AUGAUUUCUUUCACACCCUUCUCUACACUCCAUGAAGCUGAACAUGAAGUUUACAAUGACGAUGAGGCCAUGGACAUCGAUGACGACGUGCAAGUCUCGAAAAUCACACUCCCAGGCGAAACCAUAACUUCUUCCCAAGCUUACAUGCGCGGCCAUGGAACCUAUGUCGACAAUGAACUAGUCAUUGCAUCUGUCGCGGGGACCAUAGAACGGGUCAACAAGCUUGUUACCGUCCGCGCCGUUUCAACAAAAUACAAUCCCGAAGUUGGAGAUUUGGUGGUCGGGAGGAUUACGGAGGUUCAGCCUCGUCGAUGGAAAGUCGAUGCCAACUCAAGACAAGACGCGGUCCUCAUGUUGUCGUCUGUUAACUUACCAGGUGGUGUGCAGCGGCGUAAAUUAGAAAGCGACGAGCUUCAAAUGCGAACAUUUUUUGAGGAAGGCGAUCUUCUUGUGGCCGAAGUCCAGGCUUUUUUUGCUGAUGGAGCUAUGUCUCUUCAUACUCGGUCCCUGAAGUAUGGCAAGUUACGCAAUGGCCAACUUGUCGUUAUUCCCCCCAUUCUUGUGCGCCGAUUGAAAUCACACUUCACAACUUUACCUUGUGGUGUUGACCUUAUUCUUGGUCUGAAUGGAUAUAUCUGGGUCAGUAAGCAUGUGCAAGAGAAUGAGCAGGAGGGAGAGGAGGGCUUCGAUGCUGAGACGAUCUAUUCCAAUCGUAAUGAUCCCAUCGACGAAUCCACGCGCAGCGCUAUAUCCCGUGUCACCAAUAUUAUUCGAGCUCUUGCAGCUCACUUUGUACCCUUGACGGACACACUGUUGCUCGAAGCGUAUGAAUGGACAGUGGAGAACGACAUAGAUGCAAAAAGCCUGUUGUCUGAAGACAUUAGUGACGCUUUAGUAGCCUCGAUAGCCGGUGGAACAUGA